UCGUAAGGCUUUUGUAUGGACAGAUCCGCUUCUUGCCGUUGAAUGACAUUCCUAACAGCCAUUUUGUUUAUGUUGAGGAAGUGUAGAAAGGGUAAAGCAUUCAAGUCGUGUAUCAUCAUAUGAUUUUUAUUCCCUGGAAAAUAUUUUUACACGACACACACAGGGGAGAAAUAAAAGUUUGAUGUAAGUCUUAUAUAAAUAUCAAAGGUAUUAAAAACAACUAGGACAAGACUCAAGGACUAAAGUGAUGGCAAGUAAUGAUCUGUCAAAUCAAUGUACAGGAAGCAGCAUAGACGACCACAGCAAUAUGGCAGACGAACAAGGCUGUUCAACACAUUUUACAGGUACAUAUGAAGUACAAGAGUGUCUUGAAGGCCAAAGUGAGGUAGAUCUACACACAUACAAGUUAAACUGUGAGAAAAAUCCAGGCCAUAAAAAAUUUAUACCUGUAAAUAAGUUAUGUGUCAAACAUUUUCCUCCCGGAUACCAAGACAAUGAUUUAUGUGACGUCAUAAAAGCCGCGGCAGACCUAACAGUCAGGAUAGCCGUUGAGUUCACUAGUCCAGACAGACCAGAGUUUAUACCGGGCACUACAGAUACAUAUCCUGGCUACAGCAACAGGGAAAAGAACUCGAUGUUUACAGGGACUGGAUUGGUGUGGAACGUGACCAAGCACACAGUGGAAGAUGAUGGCAACACUUGUCCAUGUCCUGAAGACGUCCAUUCGCACACUCCCAGCAAAGUGUGGUGGGAGGUUGGUGUGCAGACGGCCAGACAUGUGGUUUUUGAUGAGAGUGAGGCGAAAAAGUCCAGCUGUAGGUUGUGGUUUGAUGAGGAUGAAAGUCCAGUGGUCAAAUUGCAUGGGUGGAAGGAAGUUACGUCAAACACUGAACGAGACUGGUUUGUACUGCAGUGUGUGACACAUGAUGCAAAUGUAGUUACAAAAUUGGAGGAUAUGAUUAAGCGGUUUAAUGGACUACAUGAAAAACUGUGUGUCAAAUAUGAGAGUCUUAGAGAUGUGGACAAGCUCAUCAUUAUAGUGUCACAUCCUCAUGGCUGUUCUAAGCAGGUCUCUGUGGGUAAAUGGGUAGAGAGGCAGGUGAUUUCGGGUUAUCAGACCAAGUACACGUACGAUACGUGUACCUGCCCUGGUAGCAGUGGGGCUCUUGUCUACAGAGUAGGGUGUGGCAGGUCUAAGCAUCCCCACAGUGGAGCUAACACUGACCCUAACUCUGUUGUGUUAAAUUACAGCGGGGUGAUGUUGGACUAAGACUUGUAAUUGUCUGCACUUGUCAAGGGUCGGCGUGGUCGAGUCGGUGAAGCUCAUGGUUGCUAAACCGAAAAAUCUCGAGUUCGAACCCUCGGGCAGAUGAGGCUCGUUAGCUGGGGACAGCAAUCAACUGCUGCCUUGUAGUUUGUUCUUGGUUAGACAAAGGCUAUUGAAGCAAAUCCAAAAAGAAAAGCAGGCUGAAAUCGGAGUCAAUGGCCUCAAUGGCGCAUAACCAGUUGACACGUAUCCUUAAUUGUGGUGGAGGCGUGGUCGAGUCGGCAAAAGCACAUGGUUGAUAAAUUCGAUAAAGUCUCGAGUUCAAACCCUCUGGCAGAUAACGCUUGAUCCCUUCCAACACUAAAAAUUAAGAACGAAGAAGAAGAAGAAGUCUGCACUUAUCUGCAUUGGUAUGGAAUGUAAACAAGCAUAGCUUCUGCUUUUAAAAAUAUGUUUUAAUAUAUUAUUGUAGACCUAUCUAGAUUAAUUUUAAAUACUGGUAUAUUCUAAUUGUAAAAUACUUAAAGGAAAGUUAUGAAAAUAGGCAGUAAAACCUGCAAAUAGUCUUGUUUCUUUCUUUGUUUGAUUGAGAGUGGGAGACAGAAAAAAGAAUU